AUGGGAUUCGCCAAGCUGGGUAGCUACCCCAGGCUGCUUGUAGCCGCUGAGCCCUCGCGCCUGGAGCUGGGUACGCUCUUUGUUGGCCUGGCAUCUUCAAUCGCAUCCGGUGUGCCUUUCCCAAUCAUCGGUAUUAUUUUCGGUCAAUUGCUGGAUGAUUUCAACGCUGUCACCUGUAGCGAGUCCUCCGGGUCGGGCUCUGACUCCGACGAGCAAGGUGGAAUUAAUAGCAAAAUUCUCCUGAUCGUUUACUUGGGCAUUGCCCAAUUUGUCUUGAUCUACAUUCACUUACUGUGCUGGACGAUGACGGGCGCCCGUCUUGCGCAGCGUCUCCGCGAGAAAUAUCUUCAGAAUUUGCUCCGCCAAGAACCAUCUUUCUUCGAUAACCUUCCUGCUGGAGAGGUGGCCUCUCGUUUGAAUACCGAUAUUCAAACCAUUCGCUCGGGUACUGCCGAGAAGGUCGGAAUCUGCAUCUCCAGUUUCUCCUUCUUCGUCACUGCAUACAUUGUUGCCUUUAUCAAGGAUUACAUUUUGGCUGCUAUGCUGAUCUCUUUGAUUCCCGCGUACUUCCUGAUGUCAUUCGUUGGAAGUCAUUAUAUUGAAAAAUACACCGGGCGCAUGUCCGACUUUGCGGCUUCCGCUGCAUCUAUCGCCUCCGAGGCACUCAACAACAUUGUCGUUGUGCAGGCCUUUGGCGCGAAUAACCGUCUUGAAGAGAAGUUCUCCAAAGCACUCAAGGAUUCCGAAACCGAGGGCCUGAAGAAGGCCACCGCUACCGGUAUCCAGGCUGGUGUUUUAUACUUCAUCGCUUACGGUGCGAACGGACUCGCAUUUUGGCAGGGAAGUAGACGUAUCGCAGAUUCCGUGCGUGACGGUACUGCCGGAGCGACUGUUGGAUCUACCUUCACUGUCAUCUUCGUCUUGGUCGAAGGUAAGUCUACCAUGUCAGUCAUCAUGGAGUGUUUACUAACGCAGCUUAUAGCAACACUGCUUCUGAGUCAAGUCGCACCCUUUAUCCACCUGUUCACACAGGCCGUUGCUUCUUACCACAAGUUGCGCGAUGAUAUUGACCGUCCAUCGUUGAUCGAUGGUUCCUCCACCGAGGGUAUUCGCCUCUCUCAGGCAGAGGGCGGAUUUGAAUUCCAAAACGUCUCUUUCAUCUACCCCUCCCGCCCUGAGAUCACUGUUCUUAACAGUAUCAACCUUUCUAUUGCUCCAAAGAAGCACACUGCCAUCGUUGGUCUAUCUGGAAGUGGAAAGUCCACCAUCGCGGGUCUUGUGACCCGUUUGUAUGAUGCCACUGAGGGUGAAAUCACCUUUGAUGGACAGAAGCUUACCGACCUGAACACCCGUGACCUGAGAGGCUUCCUGAGUCUUGUGCAACAAGAACCUUCGCUUCUUGACCGAUCUCUUUUGGAGAACAUUGCACACGGUUUAAUGAACUCGAGUAACCCGGCCCACGCGCACCUGAAGCCCAUUCUCCUCGGCACUUCCCUCAACGACCUCGCGACCGAGGUGCGGGACGGUCAGGAUAUCAACGCUGUCGCCGAGAAAAUGGGCGCCGAGGUUGUUGAGAUUGUCGAACUGGUCCGCAAGGCUGCUGGACUCGCUGAUGCGGAUGGCUUCAUUGAGGCCCUGCAAUACGGAUAUGCUACUAUGGUUGGUUCCAGUGGUCGUUUGAUCAGUGGUGGUCAAAAGCAACGUGUUUCCCUUGCCAGAGCUCUGGUCAAGGAUCCUGCUGUUCUCAUCCUGGACGAAGCCACUGCUGCAUUGGAUUCACGAAGUGAGCAGCGCAUCCAGCGUGCCAUCAACAACAUCUCCUCCGGCCGCACUGUCAUCACAAUUGCUCACCGUCUGUCCACCAUCACCAAUGCGGAUAAGAUUGUUUGUAUGCACAAGGGAGAUAUCCUGGAAGAGGGAACUCACUCUGAGUUGAUGGCCGCAAACGGACCUUACUCCGAGCUUGUCAAGCUGCAAACUCUGGGUGCUGCGUCUGGCGCUGCUAAGAACGACACCACUGUCAGCAUUGAGAGCGUCAGCAAGUCUGAUGCCACAUCCAUCACCGAUGUCGACAAUGAGAAGGGCAGUGUGUCCAACGAUACGGAACCUACCAAGGAAGCUCGUGUUUCCACCACCGAAGCCCCUGCCGCUGAUUCUGCUGAAGAUGAGGAAGAAGAGCCCGAGACUCCCCGCAAGUCCCUUUGGGCCUUGUGCAAGGGCUACGCACCUGCGCUGAGACCCUAUCUUCUUGUCAUCUUUGCCGCGCUUUUCGGUUCCAGUAUGGUCGGUGGAGCCUUUUCUGGCGAAGCAGUUAUUUUCGGAAACACUGUCGGAAGUUUGAACCCCUGCCACGGUGCAGCUGAGAUCAUGAACCGGGGUAACUUCUACGGUCUGAUGUUCUUUGUGCUCGCGCUCAUCGAAUUCUUUGCCAACAUUGUCAGUUGGGGUGGCUUCGGCUUCGUCGCUGAGAAGAUUGUGUACAAAGUCAGAGUCUUGUCCUUCCGUUCCCUGUUCGAACAGGAUCUGCAAUGGCACCAAUCCGAAGGCCGCUCUCCUGCUCUCCUCCUCUCCUACAUCACUCGUGAUGGUAAUGCCCUUGCUGGCCUGAGUGGCUCCGUUGUCGGUACUCUGUUCUCUAUCACCGUCAACUUGAUCGCCGCCAUCAUCCUUACUCACAUCAUUGCCUGGAGAAUCGCUUUGGUCUGUCUCGCCCUCGUUCCCCUUCUGCUUGGAGCAGGUCUCAUGGAGCUGAUGGUUCUCGGUCAAUUCGAGGACCGUCAUGAGAACGCCUACACCAAGUCUGUCGACAUUGGUGUGGAAGCAGUCACAUCUAUCAAAACAAUUGCUUCGCUCUCCCUCGAGGAGAACACUCUCCAAACCUACCGCCGCUCUCUCAAGGGUCCUCGCAAGGAAACUCUCAAGGUCACCCUGCAGGCGAGUUUGUGGCAGGCCAUGACUUACUUCUUGGGUAACAUGGUCAACGCCCUUGCCUACUGGUGGGGUUCCAAGCAAAUUAUCAACGGCAACUACACCCAAACCCAAUUCCUCAUCGUCGUCUUCUCCCUGCUGGUCAGUGCCUUGCUUUGGAGUCAGAUGUUCGCCUUGGCACCUGAGCUUUCUGCUGCACGAUCUGCAGCAGCCAGAAUUCUUGGGCUUAUCGAGAUCGGUAAGGAUAAGAUGAAUAGCAAGGUCAAGGAAAUCAAGGGCAAGGAUGUCGAGGCCCUGGAAGAGAAGCCCACAUACGACUCAGGCAACAAGGCAUCAAGUGUGCAACUUCGUGAUGUCCACUUCUGCUAUCCUGCCCGCCCCGACAUGAAGGUCUUGAAGGGAUUGAACGUUGAUAUCAAACCCGGCAAGUUCUGCGCUCUAGUCGGCCCCAGCGGUGCUGGAAAAUCGACCAUUAUCUCCCUAGUGGAGCGUCUCUACACCCCCGAGUCCGGAUCCAUCGUCAUCGAUGGCGUCGACGUAACCAAGACCUCCGACGUCUCAUUCCGCGACUGGAUCUCCCUCGUGCCCCAAGACAGUGUCCUCUUUGAGGGCAGCAUUGAGUUCAACGUCGGUCUUGGUGCCCGACCCGGCCACAACGUGACCAUCGAAGAAAUCCAAGAUGCCUGCAAGCUUGCCAACAUCCACGAUGUCAUUAUGGCGCUGCCAAAUGGCUACCAGACUCUCUGUGGACCAAGUGGCAACCAGUUCUCUGGAGGUCAGAAGCAGCGUCUGUCUAUUGCGCGUGCCUUGGUUCGCAAGCCUAAGCUUUUGAUCCUGGAUGAGUCUACCAGUGCUUUGGACGCUGAGUCUGAGAAGCUUUUGCAGGAUGGUUUGGAGAAGGCUGCUCGUGGAAUCACUGUGAUUGCUAUUGCGCAUCGUCUUCACACUAUUCGUAAGGCGGAUGUUAUCUUCUUGAUUGACGGUGGUGUCUGUACUGAUUCUGGAUCUCAUGAUGAGCUUCUUGAACGGUCAGAUAGCUACAGGGCCAACGUCAUGCACCAGACUGUGGCGACCUGA